AUGCAUGCAGGCUUUGUGACUGAAGGGCAGGGGAGCCAAUCGCCUUGCAUGGGAUCGGCAGCGUCCAAACAAAAGGAUGUUCCUCUGACACCUGCGCCCGCACCUGUGUGCUUCACCAGCGACCAGUACUGCAUGGGCCACCAUGUGACACUCACGCUGCAGAAGAAGAAACGCUCCAAGCGCCGCCUGUCUGCUAUCUGGUAUGGCAGAAUGCAGAAGCUGUCAGUAGAGGACCCUGACGGCAAGACCAUCUUCGAGGUGCACCGCGCCUCCUGGACCUUCGCCAGCCGCACGUCUCUCCUGGACCCGCACCACCGCACCAUCCUCAAAUUCGUCCGCCCCUUCGGCCUGCAGCCCACCUGGAAGAUCAAGGCCGAGUCUCGCAGGGGCCGCGACCAGGCCGUCAUUGUGCGCCGACCCGUCUUCGCCGCCCGGCCACAAGUCAAGGUGUACCUGCCCGCGGCGAUCAAGCCCUCCGGCGUCACCGCUGGUGAGCCCGACUUCACGGUGUCCGCCAACAUCGCGACCAAGGACCUGGUGGUGUACUCGGUGGGCGGCGGCCGGCGGCCCGCAGUGGCGCAGCUGGUGUGCUCUGGCGCGGAGGAGGGUCGGGACGGUCUUCUGCGUGUGGCGGCAAACAUGGACGUGGCGCUGGUGCUGGCCAUCUUCCUGGCGUCGGACGCUCUCCUGUACGCGGGCCUAAUGCAGACUUGA